UUCGGCGACUCGCUCUCAUCUCAUUGUACAAGAGCACUUGCAUGAAGCGAAAAAGCGAAAAUGACAAGAGAUUUGGCAGCGCAGAUUGGUGUCCACCAGUCGUGAUUUUGGUCUUGUUUGUUUGUUUGCUUAUUUGGCUUGAUCCUCAGAUUUGAGCACUUUUAUUUGCUGUGUUAAGGCAACAAGUAACAAGAUCCAGUUUCUGAUUCGCUCAGAACGGCGCGUCAUCAAAUUUUUCUAAUAUCCCACCCAUGGAGCAAUCGGACGCCAUACAGCGUCUGCGGGCUGCGUCCACGGCCACCGUUCUCGUCUACCAAUCAGUGCGUGCUGCAGGCUUUGGCUGGGCUGUGCACUGCUGGGCGAGCGGCAGGCGGUACCAACCGAGCCUGACCGCUCAGCAGCCACAACAACCAGCACGAAUCGUCAACAUUCAGCCCCGGACACCCAACAACCUCACGCCCACGCCUGAUCGUGCUGCUGGCAGUCCAAGCAUCAUCACAGCCAUCGUCCGGGCGCCGUCGCGGGUCCUAGCGCGUGCGAUUGUCAAUGUACUGACCCGAAUUGUCGGCCUUUCGCCGCCGUUCGUCCCGGCGUCGUUUGCAAGGCUGCUCGCAUGGACGAACUUGUCGCGGGAUGCAUCGCUGACACUCGAGCGACUGGCGCUGGGGCACGAUCUGCGCGACGAGGAUCGGCCCAUCCAUGCAGGCGUGCAUUUCAUUCUGGCGUACGUUCUUGCGACCAUUCUGAGCCGCGUUGCCACGUUUACUAAAAGUGCAAACAAACUGCCACCAAAGGACCGGAACAAGCUGGCUGCAUUCUUGUUACGACGCGUUCGACUCACCAGAGCCAUUCCAAUAACCCUAGCAGUCGUGUGCUUCCUGGAGGAGCUCACACACCUGCUCACAACAUUGUUACUUCAACGCAACCGUCUCAUGCUUGACGGUCGUCUUGCGGAUCAAGGGCAAUGCACAGAGACUGGUAGUGAACAUCAUCUCACAGGCGCUGCUGUCCGCCCUGCAUCCGAUUGCAGCAUUUGCCAAGGAUCGAUUGCCGAUCUGUCUCCCUCCGAAGCGGCGCUGCUCGAAAGGAAUCAGCCGUUGCACGAUAUAGCAGUAUGGCACCGCCAAAUAGCGCUUCUUCGACCACGACGCCGGCGACGGUCACGCUCUGCAGAAGUAGAAUCGUUCUCGGAACCGUCUUCAGAAUCUUCCGCAGAAUCGUCCUCAGAAUCGUCCUCUGAUCCAUCCUCAGAAUCCUCCUCUGACGACGAGUCGACGGAUACAGACACUUCCGAUGUUCGCACCAAUGUCGGUGAUUUUCAACCCAAUCCUGAGACCGAAGCACCACAAGAAUCCGCAACGCUCCCGCCUCUCCUAAACUUCUGCAAAUCCGUUCCGCAGCAUGUCGCACAUCUUGAGUGCAUGCAGAGGUGGUUUGCAUCGUCGCAGCGGGGUGCAGGGCUCUGCCCAGAGUGCCGGCAACCGCUGCGAGCAAUUUCCAAGUUUCUGCCGCGGUUGCUGGCCAAGCUGAGCGACCCUCAGUACUGGGCGUCUCUUUGCGCGCGUGCAAUUCAGACGAGCAUCACUGUUGCUUUGGCUGCAGCGUCACUGCAGGCUUGGUCAGCACUGGGCGACCUUGUCGAGCAGUCCCGGCUUGCCACCAAGCGACUCCAAUCGCGCCUCCGCCUGCAAAAGACGUCUGCGCUGACAAUCGUUGCUCGCGUGCUCUUGUGGCUGCUCCAGUCCAACCAGGGUCUGUUGCUGCUGUGGUUGCGGUUGAUGUCGCCGUUCGCCUUGCGAUGAGUCUAUUGCGGAUUCCUACAAGCUGAUCUGAUGCGUUCUCUGCCGCCCAAGACAUGAUGUAGGUCAUGUUGCUUACGCUUAACUGUGCACGUACUUUGUGAAAUCUGCCAUCCAUUUUCCCCAGUUAUUACUUGGUAUAACAAUAAGUCCUUCCA